CCGGUGAUAAAAGUCCAGAUGGCGAGACGAAGCUCAGCCCUUCGUGCCUUUCUGCCCCCUUUGGCCGGAGGCAGCACCCAGCAAGGUCACCCGGGGCUUCCGCCCCAGGAAAGGCCACACCGCCCGGGCUCUCCGGGGGGCGCCGCGCAGGAUUUUUGUGGCCCCCCUCAGUUUGUCUUGAAGGACGCCUGGCCCACUCGCGCCUGGAAGCGGCGGCGGCUGCAGCAGCAGCGAGGACGGGGCAUCGAGGCCCGGGGAGGUUUCAGCCUCGCGCCCGUUCCUCCUCGGAGCUCGCAAUGUCUGCCCGGGAGACCGCAAAAAAGCAUCCCUUCGAUCCGGGCUGACGAGGCCGCUGCUUGCCCGACUUGCGGCCCAAUGCGGCCGCCAGAAAAAUACCUCAGCUCGGGGCCUAGGCGAGGCGGCAGAAGGCCCGCCAGAUGGGUUGCCAGGCAACGCGAGCGGGCGGUCGUUAGGUGCCGGCUCUCCUCCCUCCUCCAAUGGCCACCCGCGCUUUCCGGAUGCGCCCGCCCCUUCCGCUAGCCGGCCGCCUCCGUCCCCUGCGCGGCGACGCCGUUGCCAUGGCAGCAGGGCCGACCGAGGCCUGCCGCGCCGAUGCCCGGGCUGCCGCUCUCGCCUGUGCCCGAGCAGGAGGCCGACGCGGCGGGGGAGCGGCCCUCCGGCAGCGCGUCCUCCGCGUCCCUCGCUCCCAGCGCCUCCGGCUCGCGGAACUCAGAGACUUUUUCAAGGUCCUCUGAUAUAUCAGAACCCAUCUGCCAGGAGAACAGCGCUUCCUUCUUGGAGAAAGCACUAAGCUAUUCUGAAGAAGAAACUGAGGAAGAAGAAGCAGAAGAAGAUCAAGAGGAAGAGUGGGACACAGACCUUGAAAUAGAAAUCUCUACAAUAUGCUACGAUCCUGCCGGGAGAACGAGAUACCUUGCGAUCUGCCAGGCGUAUGGCGUGGUUCCUAUCUCGUAUUUUUUACGGCAUAUGAAAGAUUCUGAGCUAAUUCUGAUGCAUCGCGGCCUUGGCCCUAAGGCAGCCAAAGCUCUCGCUCUUUCCCUGACCAGCAACACCUCCAUUGUGAAGCUGAACCUGAGUGACAACGGGCUGGAUGGCGACGGAGCAGUGGCGAUGGCAGAGAUGUUAAAGGAGAACUGCUACAUUUCAGAACUUGAUUUGUCAGAGAAUAAAGUCGGAGUGAAAGGGAUAGAAGCUCUGUCCACAGUACUUCAGGAAAAUCCAAUCCUGGUGUCCUUGAAACUGUCAGGAAAUGAAUUAAAUGACAGGGCAGCCAAAUACCUGGCGGACGCCUUAGUGACCAAUCAGAAAGUGGAGCACCUUGAUCUGAGCCAUAACAGGCUCGGAGAGCCAGCAGGAGAAGCCCUCGGGGUGGCCAUGGCGGAAAAUGUGGGCCUGAAGCAACUCAACCUCAGCUGGAACAACUUUCGGGGCCAAGGAGCAGUGGCUGUCGCCAAAGGCUUGGGGGCAAAUAUAUUCCUUCGAGUCCUUGAUCUGUCAUACAAUGGCUUUGGCAACAGUGGUGCAGCUGCUCUGGGGGCAGCCCUGAAAAGCAACAAUGUACUGGAAGAACUCAACAUCAGUAAUAAUCGCAUUGCCUUGGAAGGAGCUCUUGCGCUUGCUUUGGGCCUGAAAGGAAACAAGAAUCUGAGGAGACUCCAGAUGUCUAGGAACCCCAUCCAGAACGAAGGCUGCCUUGGGAUCCUCAAAGCCAUCCGAGCAAAUCCUGGAGCUGCGAUGGAGUUUCUGGAUUUUUCAGCGAUUGUGGUGAAGAAGGACUUUGUCCGAGCCUGUGAGGCUGUCCAGGAACUUCUCCCCAGCCUUCUAAUUCAACACGACGGGACCACGCGCUUGUUCAGAAGAGAAUUUCCAAAGGUUUCCUAAGAGAGAUUCUUGGUGGCCCUGGAAGACCAGCCUUUUCUGCUUUACGUCCUGGAAGGGAGCAUCCUGUGCAACGUCUGACGAUGCUUAAUAGAGACUCAGGCCUUGUGAUCCCCUCCCCACCGCCGUGCUUCUCUUUGUGCUAGCAGCAGCAAGUUGUGUUAAAUGCCACUUUUUUAUGUGCUGAAUUAUUGCUCCUUCCAAGGAUUAAUCCUCCUUCCAAGGAUUUUGGUACCAAAAUCCUAGCAACUUAAGACAAGAUGCAGCAAGAGCUCCUAGCAGUUUUCCCUUUGAGGCAAACUCUCCAGUGAUCUGAUUAGACAGGUGGUCCGUGUGGACCUCAAUUGAGGCUAACAGGAAGCAGGUAAAAAUCUGGGAAGGAAUUUUGGAUGCAUUUCUUCUCUCUCAUUCUGCAGAGUUUGGGAACCGCUCUUCUAUCCAAAAAUCUAUCCUGGUAACUUUUUAGCCAGAUUAUUUUGUGUGCCAUCCUCAAUAUAAACCUUUCCUCUCGCGCCAUCUGCGCUGCUUCCCCUGAACCCGUUUCCAGUUACCAGGAUUGUACAGCAGACUUCCAGGUAGGACACUGUCCCAGAGGAAGUCUCCCCCUCCCUCCCCCCCCAGGCAACCCAGUCCUGUUGGCCAGAGGAGGUGAAGGUGAGUUUCUGCUUGGGGGAGGCCAUCCGUAGCCCCCCCUCCCCACGUUAAGGGAUCUUGACACAGCUGUAGUGAAAUUCAGGGAUGGGGUGGCUGUGGGGGUCCAGGGCCACAGAGAUGCAAGGAUGCAUGUGGUCAGCUCCAAGCCAUAUUGAAGGUUUGGGGGGGGGACAGAGAGAAAGAUGAAGUUGGGGAGUGAUGAAGGGGAGCCCCCCCCACUUCCAAAUUGUCUGAGUCAAGCAAUGGAUCGCUUACACGUAGUUUGCUCAAUAAGGUGCCAUUUGUAGUAAAUAAUGAAUCACACUCCAGCUCUUUAUUUUUUUUUUAUUUUGGAAAACUUCAGUUUUGCCAAUUUUGUCAGAGAAACAUUGCGUCGUUCCCACGUUCAGUGUAUUCUGCCCAGAGUCACUUUGUGCGAGAUGGGCAGCCAUCUAAAUUUACUAAAUAAAUAAAUAAAUAAAUCUAAAUCUAACCACUGCUAAAA